AUGAACGGAAGGGAGGCCCGGGCACCGGCACCAGCACCGGCAGCGCCACACGACCUACCCGAUAACCUCCAGGGGGACGCUUCCUCUAGGCCAGAACGGCAACCAUGGUCAGGGCCGAGAAGAUUUCGGGCUCUGUUCAAGAAGGAUGGAAACCUUGAGCCCUUCCGGCUGUUGAGGCAAGACUUGCGCAAUGUUCGGCAGAGAUAUCUCUCAGACUGGACAGUUUUCAACCAGCUUGUCUUGGCAAGUGCUGUCUAUGUAUUCUUCACCAACAUUCUUCCGGGCAUUACUUUUGCUAGCGACCUAUAUGUCCUUACGGGGAAAUCAUGGGGCACCAUAGAGGUUGUUCUUAGCACCGGUCUCUGUGGUAUAAUCUUCGCUCUCUUCUCGGUUCAACCGUUGACAAUCCUUGGUGUAACUGGGCCUUUCUCUGUCCUGGCCGAGAAUAUAUACUCGUUAUGUGUCAACUCUUUCCACGUCGACUUCCUUCCCGUCAUGGCGUGGUCCUUGAUCCACGCGGGAUGGAUGCACUAUCUGUUGGCCGUGUUCAAUGCCCAUGACUGGACCAUGCGAUAUGUGACGACGUUUAGCGCAGACAUCUUCUCGCUGCUCAACAGCGUCAUAUACUUCUACAAGGCGGGCCUUGAGUUACAGCGGAAUCACGACCAUGUUUCAUUCGCGGCGUUCCUCUACUCAGUUAUCGGAGCUCUUGGAACCUGCUUACUCGCCGUAUUUUUAUCGACCGCUCUGAGGUGGAAACCUCUCUUCGGCCGAAUAAUCCGCAUGGGGCUUUCAGAGUAUGCCGCUGCCAUCUCCAUCGUCUUAUUCAUCGGUAUCCCGCAUAUGGGAGAGCUGGCAGACUUGAAGCAUGAGCGGCUGGUGGUCCAGACGACGUUCAGGCCCUCAGAUCCGGAGCGAAGCACAUUCUUUGUCGAGUUCUGGAAGCUUCCGGUCAGGUGGGUGUUCAUCUCCAUCAUACCGGGGGCAAUAAUCACGGUCCUGUUCUACUUCGAUCACGAGAUCAGCAGCAUUAUCUGCACGUUGAAGCGAUACGGCGUCCAGAAGCCGGGAGGUUACGCUUGGGACAUCGCCCUCCUUGGGACGACAACAGCACUCUGCGGUAUUCUCGGCAUCCCGCCAGCGAAUGGGCUUCUACCACAGGCCCCCCUUCAUUCGGAAUCGCUCCGGUACUUGGUCGUGGAAGAAGGCGCGUCCGAUUCCGACGCGACAGAGAUGCCAUCGCCGACAAACCUCGUCCCCCGAGUCUACGAACAACGCUACUCGCCAUUCAUCCAGGCAGCUAUGAUUAUGGUUUUUGCAAGUCCACCGUUGCAGAAACUACUUGGUCUGACACCAACCUCGGUCCUCGCGGGACUAUUCAUGUUUAUGGGAUAUCAGUCCUUGUCGGUGAAUCCGAUUCUGCCCAGGAUCUUUCACAUGCUCACUCCGCCAUCCGAGCUCCCCGAACUACCCCCGCGGGUUCGAUGGCUACCCAUACACGCCUACACGCUCUCCCAGGUCAUUCUCACAGGCGUUAUUUUCGGCGUGACUUUGACCGUGGCGGCACCGGCCUUCCCAGUCAUCAUCGUCAUCCUCGUCCCUGUACGGCUUCUGGUGAUGAAUCAUAUCUGGAACCGGGAGACACUCAGGUGGGUGGAUGGCUGGGCUUGUCGUGAAGGGAAGCCGGAAGACGAAAUCGAGAUUCAGCGUUCACCGGCUGCUGAAGACAUCGAGAGCGGCCCUAUAAGGGAGAAAGAGGCGUAA